CAGUGCUCCCGGCUUUCGCCGCGGUCGCGAGAUCCGCGUUUUUCCCCAAGAUGGUGGCACUGGGCUCGGGGUGACUGCAGGAGACGACAGAACCUGAAUCCCCCCCUGGCCGGAAGCUCGACACACCGCCCUCCUCUCCCUCGCGCGCUCCGCCGCCCCCGCUUGUGCGUCACCUCUGCCGACCCGGCGCUCACGGCCGCGGGCGGCGGCGCCUCCCUCGGCUCCUCCUCGGGGCCGCGCUCGGAGCAGCUCGCAGCCCAGCCGCGGCCAGGCGGGCCCCGCAGCCCCCUGGUGUGGACAGGCAGCGUCGAAGCGGCGGCUGGCGACGAGCUCGGGGUGUUGUGCGGCCCCGGCGCCCCCUUUCCCGGCCUCGGUCUCCGGAGAAGGAAGCGCGGGUCCCGCAUGAGCGCCGGCGGUGGCGGCAACGAAAGGGAACGAGGCGGUGGCGGGCGGAGGCGGCGGGCGAGGGCGACGACGACCAGUGAGGCGGCCGCUGCUGCGAGGGCCGCAGCCCAGGCGCGGGGGCGACGACAGGUUAAAACUCUGUAAGAUCCUGACUUUAGACUCCACCAACUCCUCAGAAGUUUGGCGAAGUAUGAGUUUUUAAAUCUACGCUCAGAUCAAGUUAGCAGCUAGACUGGUGUGACAACCUGUUUUUAAUCAGUGACUCAAAGCUGUGAUCACCCUGAUGUCAACGAAUGGCCACAGCUUGUAAAAGAUCACCAGGAGAACCUCAGUCUGACGACAUUGAAUCUAGCCGAAUGAAGCGAGCAGCUGCAAAGCACCUAAUAGAACGCUACUACCACCAGUUAACCGAGGGCUGUGGGAAUGAGGCCUGCACGAAUGAGUUUUGUGCGUCCUGUCCAUCUUUCCUCCGUAUGGAUAACAAUGCAGCGGCUAUCAAAGCCCUCGAGCUUUAUAAGAUUAAUGCAAAACUCUGUGAUCCUCAUCCCUCCAAGAAAGGAGCAAGCUCGGCUUACCUCGAAAACUCGAAGGGCGCCGCCAACUCCUGCUCAGACAUAAAAAUGAACAAGAAGGACGGACUAGCAGCAAGGAACGAUUUUAAAGAUGUGACUUACCUAACAGAAGAUAUAGUGUAUGAAAUCCUGGAAUUAUGCAGAGAGAGAGAGGAUUACUCGCCUCUGAUCCGUGUCAUCGGGAGGGUGUUUUCGAGUGCCGAGGCGUUGGUGCAGAGCUUCCGGAAGGUCAAGCAGCACACCAAGGAGGAGCUCAAAUCUCUCCAGGGGAAGGACGAAGACAAAGAUGAGGAUGAAAAGGAAAAGGCCGCGUGUUCGGCCGCUGCUAUGGAAGAAGAUUCAGAAGCGUCCUCCUCAAGGAUAGGCGACAGCUCCCAAGGCGAGAACGUGCAGAAGUUAGGCCCUGAGGACGUGUCUGUGGAUAUCGAGGCCAUUAGAAGGGUCUACACCAGGUUGCUCUCUAACGAAAAAAUAGAAACUGCCUUUCUCAAUGCACUUGUGUAUUUGUCACCUAACGUGGAAUGUGACUUGACCUAUCACAAUGUGUACUCCCGAGACCCUAAUUACCUGAAUCUGUUCAUCAUUGUGAUGGAGAACAGAAAUCUCCACAGCCCUGAAUAUCUGGAAAUGGCGUUGCCAUUAUUUUGCAAAGCAAUGAGCAAGCUGCCCCUCGCAGCCCAAGGAAAACUGAUCAGACUGUGGUCUAAGUACAGUGCCGACCAGAUUCGGAGAAUGAUGGAAACGUUUCAGCAGCUCAUCACUUACAAAGUCAUAAGCAAUGAAUUUAACAAUCGGAAUCUAGGGAACGAGAGAAAUCUAGUUAAUGACGACGAUGCCAUCGUUGCUGCUUCAAAGUGCUUGAAAAUGGUUUACUAUGCAAACGUCGUGGGAGGGGAGGUGGACACAAACCACAACGAGGACGACGACGAGGAGCCCAUGCCCGAGUCCAGCGAGCUGACGCUCCAGGAGCUCCUGGGGGAGGAGAGGAGGAACAAGAAGGGCCCCCGGGUGGACCCGCUGGAGACGGAGCUGGGCGUGAAGACGCUGGACUGCCGGAAACCACUCAUCCCCUUCGAGGAGUUUAUUAACGAACCACUGAAUGACGUUCUAGAAAUGGAUAAAGAUUACACCUUUUUCAAAGUAGAGACAGAGAACAAAUUCUCUUUCAUGACAUGCCCCUUUAUCUUGAACGCUGUCACGAAGAAUCUGGGGCUGUACUAUGACAACAGAAUCCGCAUGUACAGCGAGCGAAGAAUCACUGUCCUCUACAGCCUAGUGCAGGGCCAGCAGCUGAACCCGUACUUGAGACUUAAAGUCAGACGUGACCACAUCAUAGACGACGCGCUUGUCCGGCUAGAGAUGAUCGCCAUGGAAAACCCGGCAGACCUGAAGAAACAGCUGUACGUGGAGUUCGAAGGAGAACAAGGAGUUGAUGAGGGAGGUGUUUCCAAAGAAUUUUUUCAGCUCGUUGUGGAAGAAAUCUUCAAUCCGGAUAUUGGUAUGUUCACAUAUGAUGAAUCUACAAAAUUGUUUUGGUUUAAUCCAUCCUCUUUUGAAACUGAGGGUCAGUUCACUCUGAUUGGCAUAGUCCUGGGUCUGGCAAUUUACAAUAACUGUAUACUGGAUGUGCAUUUUCCCAUGGUUGUCUACAGGAAGCUAAUGGGGAAGAAAGGAACUUUCCGUGACUUGGGAGACUCUCACCCUGUUCUAUAUCAGAGCUUGAAAGACUUAUUGGAGUAUGAAGGCAAUGUGGAAGACGAUAUGAUGAUCACUUUCCAGAUAUCGCAGACGGACCUUUUUGGUAAUCCGAUGAUGUACGAUCUAAAGGAAAAUGGUGAUAAAAUUCCAAUUACAAACGAAAACAGGAAGGAAUUUGUCAACCUCUACUCUGACUAUAUCCUCAAUAAAUCAGUAGAAAAACAGUUCAAGGCUUUUCGGAGAGGCUUUCAUAUGGUGACCAACGAAUCUCCCUUGAAGUACUUAUUCAGGCCUGAGGAGAUUGAGCUGCUCAUCUGCGGAAGCCGGAAUCUCGACUUCCAAGCACUAGAAGAGACUACAGAAUACGAUGGUGGCUAUUCCAGGGACUCGCUUCUCAUCAGGGAGUUCUGGGAGAUCGUCCACUCGUUCACCGAUGAGCAGAAGAGACUGUUCUUGCAGUUCACCACGGGCACGGACAGGGCGCCGGUGGGCGGCCUGGGGAAACUGAAGAUGAUCAUAGCCAAAAACGGCCCAGACACGGAACGGUUACCGACAUCUCAUACUUGCUUUAAUGUCCUUUUACUGCCGGAAUAUUCCAGCAAAGAAAAACUCAAAGAGAGGUUGUUGAAGGCCAUCACUUACGCCAAAGGAUUUGGCAUGCUGUAAAGGAAAAGAAAACAGUGAAAGCGCAAGGAACGGAAAAAGAAAUUUGCAGUGUGAAUAAGUACCACGGGAGGGACGAGUUGGAGGAGGUGGAGCCCCGCCGAGGCUGCGAGACAGGGGACGCCGUGGCCACCGGCACCGCGCUCCCUUCCCGCCGGGCUCUGUGGGCUGGAACAGCACAGUUCAGCUACUUCUAUGAACAAACCCUUUAUUAUUAUUAUUUUUUCUGUGUGAAAGUGUUACUUAUCCUUUCACUUGUAUGUACAGAGAGGUUUUUCUGAAUAUUUAUUUUAAUGGUUAAAUCACUUUUGCUUGUGUUUAUUACUGCUUGAGGUUGAGCCUUUUUGAGUAUUGAGAAAACAGACACCAACAAAACGGCCCCCCCAGGGAAGAGCGCGCCCGCGCAGACCAGCCGCCAACCUUGGAGGAAGCGCGCACCCCCCCGCGUCCCGGUAUCUGACUCAAUCAGGAAUUGUAUUUUUUUUUUUAACCAUUUGCUUUUGAAACUUGAAGUCUUGAAAACAGUGUGAUGCAUUUGCUGCUGUUCUAGUCCCCAAAGAGUUUUCUGUGCAAAACCUUGAAAUCAAUAAAGACGGAAGGGAGAACUC